AUGACAGGCGCUGGUCGAGGCGGACGAAAGACCUGCUCUGUCCGACACGUUUCAAAGAGACCGGGACACGUUGGUUUGAGAGAGAAGACACAGAGAAGACACGGAGAAGACGGAGAAGACACAGAGAAGACACGGAGAAGACGCGGAGAAGACACGGAGAAGACACGGAGAAGACACGGAGAAGACACAGAGAAGACACGGAGAAGACGCGAAGAAGACACGGAGAAGACACGGAGAAGACACGGAGAAGACACGGAGACACGGAGAAGACACGGAGAACGACACGGAGAAGACACGGAGAAGACACAGAGAAGACACAGAGAAGACAGACACAGAGAAGACACAGAGAAGACACAGAGAAGACACGGAGAAGACACAGAGAAGACACAGAGAAGACACGGAGAAGACGCGGAGAAGACACGGAGAAGACACGGAGAAGACACGGAGAAGACACGGAGAAGACACGGAGAAGACACGGAGAAGACACGGAGAAGACGCGGAGAAGACGCGGAGAAGACGCGGAGAAGACGCGGAGAAGACACGGAGAAGACACGGAGAAGACACAGAGAAGACACAGAGAAGACACAGAGAAGACACAGAGAAGACGGAGAAGACACGGAGAAGACGCGGAGAAGACGCGGAGAAGACACGGAGAAGACACGGAGAAGACACAGAGAAGACACGGAGAAGACACAGAGAAGACACAGAGAAGACACGGAGAAGACACGGAGAAGACACGGAGAAGACACGGAGAAGACACAGAGAAGACACGGAGAAGACACGGAGAAGACACGGAGAAGACACGGAGAAGACACGGAGAAGACACGGAGAAGACACGGAGAAGACGCGGAGAAGACGCGGAGAAGACGCGGAGAAGACGCGGAGAAGACACGGAGAAGACACGGAGAAGACACAGAGAAGACACGGAGAAGACACGGAGAAGACACGGAGAAGACGCGGAGAAGACGCGGAGAAGACGCGGAGAAGACGCGGAGAAGACGCGGAGAAGACGCGGAGAAGACACGGAGAAGACACGGAGAAGACACAGAGAAGACACAGAGAAGACACGGAGAAGACACGGAGAAGACACGGAGAAGACACGGAGAAGACACGGAGAAGACACAGAGAAGACACAAAGAAGACACGGAGAAGACACGGAGAAGACACGGCUGA